AGUAGGGCAAGUGGCUGAGGCUAAGGACUGCAAUUCCAUCCAGCCUCAGUCAUCCGCUCAGUGCACACACGAACGACGAGCCAGGGGCCGACUCUUCGUCCCCGUCCAUACAAAGAAGACCUCAUCCGAAAUGGUGAAGUACGUGGGACAACAACCCCAGGACAACGAGCGGAAAAAGCAGGAGCUAGUGUCGGAGCGCGGUGCGUUCACGGACCCGCGGGAUUCGGGAGACGUGUCCGACUGCUCGCUGGGCGACGCGUCGGACGCCAAGUGUUCCGCCAUGGACACGUUCAUGAAGAACGUACAAGUGUUGCUCGACGCCGCGCACUACAUCGAGAGCGUGGAUAAGAACAGCGGAAAAUGCGAGCAUGGUUAUGCUUCGACGUAUCCUGCCAAUGAUCUGGCACUCCCACAGAAACAUCGUAAAUUCAACAAGAACAGGAAAUUGGACAAUAUUCACAAUAGGUCAGCCCACAAUGAACUGGAAAAGAAUAGACGAGCGCAUCUCCGUCUGUGCUUGGAAAGGUUGAAGUCGCUCAUCCCUCUGGGACCAGACUGCAGUCGGCACACCACGCUGGGACUCCUCAACAAGGCCAAAGUGCACAUCAAGAAACUAGAGGAGGCGGACCGGAGGAGUCAGCACCAGCUGGACACCCUGGAGCGGGAGCAGAGAUACUUGCAGAGGCAGCUGGCCCAGCUCCAGACGCUCGGCGAAAGAGACCGCGUCCGCACGGACAGCCUAGGCUCCCCCACCGACUCGGACCGCUACGAAUCGGACAGAGGUUGGGCUGCGGUUGUUGCCGACGGCAAAGGCGGCCUCCUUCGACAUGUGUGGGUCACGGUGGUUUUGUGUGCGUUUGCAGAGGAGAUCGAAGUGGACGUGGAGUGCACCGACUUCUCCCUAGUAGAAAUGGACAGCGUCAGUAGCGGCGGGGCCAGCGACCUGGACGACCAGAGCAGCCGGCAGAGCUCGGCCAGCGACGAGGGCUACUCUACCUGCAGCCUCAAAGUGGCCUUCUCUGCUUGAGGUCCGCUGCACUGUGCUCCCCCCUAACCCCAAACACUACUCUCUUAUGGCUUUAACCAGGGGUGGGGAACCUACGGCACACGCGGGACAGAAUCGAAUUCAGUACAAUUCCCUCUAACACGGUUCACUUUUUGCAGCUUCACAGACAAAAAUAUUGCUUUCCACGUAAAAGCAGAGAUUUUAAAUGUCUUAUUUAGAUGAAAAGCAAACGAGUCCGAGGAUUUUAAUAAUUUUAUGUUAAACAAUGGCUCAAAAUUGUUACCGCAAUCAAAAAAUCAAUGAUCACAUUCAUCGACAUUGAUUCAUUUCAACCACUAAAGAACAUGUAGAAAUUGUUAAAUAAUUGAGGGGAUUGCUUAAGUGCUUUCGCAAUCAAGUUUGCUGCUAUUUUUGCUGGCACCAAGCUUUCGUAAAUCGGGCCCAAGGACUCAAAAUGGUCCCCAACACAAAAAAAAGGUUCCCCACCCCUGACUUGAACAAUCACCAGCCUGCAGCUCCACAAACAUGUCCACCUAAGAACCAGCCUUAAGCUUGACUCCAACCUAAACCUGAAUGUCUGUUGUCCCGUGAACAGCCACAAUCAAAAAGAAAGGCACUCAAAGGGUACAAGUCAAACCUUCAAUCAAAUCAAUCCUCUUCAAAACCAGCAAAAAAGGCCACAAAUACCAGCUUGACAUUUGCUCCAUUUGCCUUUAAAAAAAAAAAAAAUCAGCAACUUAAAAACAAGUCGUGACCCUUUUACUUUCACAUCAGCAUUCCAAAAUCUGAUUUUAGUUAACAGAGCCACAGAUUCAAAUCUACACACAUUAGUUGUUCUAAUUUAUUUUGCAUAGUAUUUAUUAUGUUUGUUAUAUUUAAUUGUGCUGCAGCUUUUGUGGUGGAAAGAUAUCUGAAAAUGACUUGACCUCCCUCCCCUUGAAAUGCAUCAGUGUGAGAACCUGUUCUAUUUAUUUUAACCCCCAUUUAGAAAGUAAUAAGCUAGCCGGUACUUGUCCCGCCGGCAAAAGGUGAAAAAGCAAUAAUGCAUUUUAUUUUUAACAUUGCUUUUGUCCGUCCAUGAGCUCUAAUGUCUAAGACUGGUGAUUUUAGCAACAAAAAAGAAAAAGUAAAUGAUUUUCCAAAGCUACAGUGCAUGUGUUGAAUGUUAUAAUGAAAAAAAAAAAAAUGUCUGUAGCAUGAACAAAACACUUAAUUUUUUUUUAGUCCACAUUGAAAAAUUGACUGUUAUGUCAUCCAUCAUUGCACUGUUCCAAACCAUCAACUACAAUAACGUUGCCCAUUUCUCUCCCCGCUAGUGACUCCAUCAGCACCAAAUUGUGUCUUAAUGUGAGUGUUUGACUCUUGCACAAGUCCCUGCUCACCCAACCCACCCAACGUGUUUGGGGAAAUGUAGAAAAUGCACUAUAAAAUUAAUAAUUGUGCUUGGGGGAAGCACAGCCCUGAUGUUUUCUAGUGCUUGAUUAGGUUUUAAUGGUUUUUUUUUGCAAAAUAUGCUGCUGGUGCCCUGCUGAUACUUUGUUACGGUUCCUAACGACGCUCCCUGGAAUCCUAAUAAAUUUCUUCCACCAA